AUGAAUACCCUGUCUUCAUUCUGGCAGCUCGCCAUCCUCGCCCUUUUGGCACACCAGAGUCUUCUCGUAUCUGCCCAGUCAUGUCCCCCAUUCACACCCAACUUGCCUAUCUCAGGACCCUUGGCAGACAAUAAAGCAAUUGCAGAUGCCAUACAGAACGUAACCACCGUCAUCACCGCCAUAGAAGGGAGCGGCGUCUUGAUUGACAACGAUACAUCCUACUCGGUCGAUUUCUAUUCUCUUCACGAUAAAGGAUCUCUAUUCACUUAUCACUUUUCUGCUCCCAACCUGCAACGUGCAUCCCAGGGCGUCACCUCAGUGGAUUCCAACACUAUUUACCGCAUCGGUAGCAUCUCCAAGGUUUUCACCGUCUACACAUAUCUGGCCAAUCAAGGCGAUGAUACGUGGAACCAACCUAUCACUAAAUACGUCCCAGAACUUGCCGAGGCUGCAUCCUCCACUGUCCAGGAGAGUGACAUCGACGUCCUCAGAUGGGACCAGGUCACCAUUGGAUCUUUGGCGUCACACCUCUCUGGUGUUUCGAGGGAUGUUCAACGGAAUCUCAGGUACACCAACGAAGAGCUUGCGGCCUUGGGUUUGCCCCCAGCCUCUAGCCCCAAUGUGUCAUACUGUGGAGUUCCCGAAGUCCAAUAUCCAUGUGAUCGAUCAGCACUGUUUGAGAACAUUCUCCGCAGACAUCCAGUGAUUGCGCCAUUCUACGCACCGACAUAUUCUAACCUCGCUUUCCAGUUGCUGGCUUAUGCUUUAGAGAACAUGACUUCAACCCCGUUUGAUGACCUAGUUAAUGCGACACUAUCAGACAUUUCCCUCAACUCGACAUAUCUCAAUGUUCCACCUACGUCAGACAAUGCAGUCAUACCAGUCAAUGAUACCACUUCAUUGUACUCUGCAGACCUCGGCCCUCUUGGUCCUGGAGGCGCAUUCUACAGCACUAUCAAUGACUUGCGCAACUUCGGCCUCUCCAUUCUCAACUAUACAGUCCUGCCGCCGUCCCAAACAAGAAGGUGGCUGAAGCCCCACUCAUUCACCCCUGACACCUACAUGACAGUGGGUGCUCCUUGGGAGAUUGUCCCUUAUCCACCGGAUGAUCGCUAUCCAACCAGGAUAUAUGCCAAGUCUGGCGGAAUAGGUUUGUACAGCGCCGAGAUGGGUUUGAUCCCAGACUACAAUGUUGGCUUCACAAUUCUCGCAGCUGGACCCCUGUCGCCUUUGGUCAAUGCCAUUGGGGCUGAUCUGAUUUCAUCGACCUUCCUCACGGCAGUCAAGGCAGCGGCCCGAGAGCAAACCGAGCAAAACUACGCAGGCCUAUACGAAGAUGAAGCUACCAACUCCAGCCUCGCCUUGAGUGUUGUCGAUGGCGUAGCGGGCGGCUCAAACCUGCACAUCGAUAGCUGGACAUGGGAAGGUGAAGAUCUCACAGCGCUGUUGGGGUCGGCGAUGGGUGUGAACACAACAAUAUUGUCACUCGACCUCAAUCUAUUUCCCACCGGCCUGGCUGGGAAAGGCCCUGAUAGUAACGAGGUUGUUAGUUGGCGUACUUCGUACAGCUACGUGAUCCCUGAUGCCACCACCAAUUCAGACGAUAACACCUCGGAAGAUACAUCUUCCUCAACGUCGAUUACUUCACUUAUGGGUCCUUUCUCCCUUGCUUGUAGUAGCUGGGCUGCCAUUGAUGCAGUGUCAUAUGGAGGGAUAUCGUUCGAUGAGAUUGUGUUCAAUGUGGAUUCAGAAAGCGGAGAGGUCCAAUCUGCGGAAGUUCGGGUGCUGCGCUCAGGGGCUUUUGAAAAAGUCAGUAGUGGCAGUGGGAAUAGCACCCUGUUGAAGAGAGGUGAAAAUUUCAGGAUGAAAAUGGCCAGGAGACACCCUGAAACGAGCCCUUAUGUUCUCAGAACAUAA